AUGGAUUAUGUUAAUACUGAAGAUCAAAAGAAUAUAGCUGGGUUGUUCCUCAUACAAAAAUCGUUUAAUAUUAUCAUUGAGCCUGAACUAAGAAAGAAAUCCAGCAAUGAUUUUGAGACCUUGAUGAAUUUUUGUCGUGUUCUUCUUCACAAACAUCAACCAAAGCUUCACACCAUCUUAUGGACAAAUACCUUAUUGUUCUUAUUGAAUGAUUAUUAUUCUAAAUCUAAAAGAAGAAACAUGGUGAAGUAUAUACCAGAGCUAAUCGAUUUUUUAAAUCAUUUUUUUCAAGAAUUUAAUCCAGAUUUAGUUGAUUUUGAAGCUCAAAACAGUCGCUUCUCACAGUUGGUUGAACAUUAUUUCAAUUUCUGUUUACUUGAUCAAAGCUAUCGUGAGCAGGUUUUUCAAUCACUAUCAAAAAUUGCAAUUAGCUUAUAUACAUAUAGAGACAAAUCUCUAAAUCCUAUAUUUGCUGAAAUCUAUAUUAGAGCUUUUAAAUUGCGUGAUUAUAAGUUAUGUUCAACUUUAAGCUCAUUUUUAUUAUCAAAUAAUGAGAUUGAAAAUAUCAGGUUGGGUCUCAAAAAAAUUAAAGAAUCUUCAAGCUCGGAUAGCCCAGUAUCAUAUCAAAUUUCCGAAAAGGAUUUAAGGCAAAUGUUUUAUUAUGCUUCGUUAAAUGAAUUCCAAUUAUCAAAUUUCGAAAAUUCUAAUUAUUUUGCACUUAUUUAUAUAAAACUAAACAAUUUAGUUCAAAUUCAGAUGAAAGAAGAACAUUUUAUGGCUAUUUAUAUUAUAAAUAAUUUUCUAUUGUCAAAAAAUUUUGAUUCUUUAAUCUUGAGUUUAAAAGAAAAAGAGUAUCCUAGAAACUCGUUUCAAUAUCAUUUAUCAAUUUUGAUCAAAGAAGAUAACAUUCAAAGGUUACUUGAAAAUAUCCACACCAGAAGUCCAAUUAUAACCAUUGAUGUUAUAUUAAAAGCAAUCAUCAUUUUAAUAUGCCAAAAAAAUUUUCUCUAUUUUGUUAAUUUGAUUAAUUUACCGAGGGUUUCUAAUAUUUUAAAGCAAAAUGGGAAUUGUAACUUAAUUAUUUCAGAAACGCUAUUCAAAAAGUUUUUAAUUGAAACAUUGAGAUUUAAUUUAUCAUUGUUUAAGAAAUUAACUGUUGAUCAAUUCAUAAAUUUAUUUGCUCAGGUGUUUGGUGUUCAUACCUCAACACUUGUCACACAUUUACUAACAGUGUAUUACCCAAAUGAAGGCUUGACUAAAAAUUGUAGCAAAAAAACUUUUGACAAUGAUAUUGUUAAGUGUUUAUUUAUCAAAUAUUUGGAAGAUAUUAAAAAUUACUGCGAUAUAUCUAUAACUAUUGAGUCUGACCCAGUUGAAAAUGAGACUUAUAUUCACUUGCUACAAAAUUCAAAAGUGAUCCAGAAUUUAUUGGUUAAAAAUAAUAUAAUCAAGUCCUAA